GCCUUUCCAGUGUGAUUUAAGAGACACAGCUGUCUAGGGCAUGCUGACACACUCUCAUUCUCACUAGUACGACACAUCAAAGAGAGACAGACAGACAGACAGACAGACAGAGAGAGAGAGAGAGAGACACACACACGGAGAGAGAGAGAGGAGAGAGAGCGAGAGAGAGAGAGAGAGAGAGAGAGAGAGAGAGAGAGAACCAGUGAAGCGUAGGCAUAAAGGAAGAUAUGGAGGAAAACAGGACAGACAAACAGAGAGGGAGGGAGGGAGGGAGAGAGAGAGAUAGAGGGUUGGAGAGAGAGAGAAAUAGAGGGUUAGAGAGAGAGAGAGAUGGAGGGUUAGAGAGGGAGAAUAAGGGGGAGCCAAAGAGAUAGACAUGCAGCAGGGCUAUGAAGAGAUGAUGAUGAGAGAUAGCAUAAGUAAACGGAGGGUGUAAAAAGAGCAAGUGCGGGAGAGAGAGGAAGGAAAAAAGAGCACAGGAGAGUUGGUCUCAAAAGAGAGAGGGGGAGUGAGAGAGAGAGAGAGUGAGAGAGUGAAAGAGAGACAAACAGGGAAGCGCCUGAGUGAGAGAUAGAGCAGGCAGAGUGGUACCACUCCACAGGAACUACUCCACAGCGCACUUGCUCUCGCUGGCUUGCGCUCUUUCUCUCUCUCUCUCACACACACACACACACACACACGCACGCACACGCACAGACACACGCUCACAUAGCUCUCUCUGGACUGGCCGCAGAGAUGGGGUCAGCCACUGAGACCAGCGAUGAGGACCAGCAUCCAACGGACAUAACCGGGGUUUGACACUGAGCCACACACAAACUCUCAAACACAAACACACACUCACACACAGUGAGGGACUACUGUACUUCAUCUCCAACAAAAAUCUUACAAGAGGAAGAGGAGUGGUCUAUCAGCCAUGAGAGGGGGUGUGUUCAAAGCAUUUGUCGCGCUCCUAUUGGUCCAUGUGACAUCGCCCUGCCCGAAGGAGUGCUCGUGCGACGUCGAGGCCAAGUCGGUGGACUGCCGUGGCCGGGGCCUCUACGACAUCCCGCGUCACCUUCAGUCCGACACGCUGGAGCUGCUCCUGCAGGACAACCGCAUCCGCGGCCUGGGCUCCAUGGCAUUCCGCGACACUCCGCAGCUGCGCGUGCUGGACCUGACCAACAACUCCAUUACGUCGGUGUCGCCCAGCGCACUCCUGGGCCUGCGGGUGCUACAGAGCCUCAGCCUGGGCCACAACGCCAUCCGCGAGCUGGACCGCCGGCUCCUGGGCUCGGUGCGCAACCUCACGCUGCUGGACCUGUCGCACAACGUCAUCGCCGGGCUGCCCGGCGCGAUGGCCGACAGCAUGCGGCAGCUGCGGCACCUCUUUCUGCGCCACAACCGGCUGCAGAAGCUGGACCGCGGCCACCUGGAGGCGCUGGAGAGCCUGGAGGAGCUGCAGCUGCGGGGGAACCCCUGGCGCUGUGACUGCCACAUGAUCGCCCUCAAACUCUGGCUGGAGACCUUCCGCUUCAAGGGUGGUGUGGUGGACGAGGUCACCUGCACCCAGCCCGACCCCAUGAAAGACAAGGACCUACAGCGGGUCCCCUACGAGCUCUUCCACUCCUGCAUGGCCACCAGCUACCACUACCUGUUCUCCAACCUCCGCCACCUGGAGUCCGAGCACCGACACCGGGUGGACCUCCUGCACCUGCCCGAGCUCGCGGGCGGCGGAGCCGAAGCUGGCCAGCUGCCGGAGUGCGAGCCCAAGCAGCGCCCGCGGCCGGUCAACCUGAGGCACGCCAUCGCCACGGUGGUGGUCACGGGCGUGGUGUGCAGCAUCGUGCUCCUGAUGAUGGUGGCGGCGGCCAUCUACGGCUGCGCCUACGCGGCCAUCAUGGCGCGCUACCAGCGCGACCUGAAGAAGGCCGAGCAGAGGGCGGCGGCGGCAGUGUCCCUGCCGGAGAAGGACAAGGACAAGGAGGCGAAGGGCACGGCCGAUGAGAAGGAGCCGCUGGAGAACACCAUAGCGUGAGGGAGAAGGAGCACGCGCUCUUGAGGAUGCAAACGGAACUCAGAGCCACGCGGAUGGGACUGGAGUCCGGUGUGCGCCGGAGGAUGCAAAGAUCCUAACACAGACGGGAUAGCUGACGCCAACACACACACCGAUGCAAACACACUCAGUCACACACAUGCACAUACUCAAGCACACACACACACACACACACACACACACACACACACACACACACAUACAAACAUAGUCACCAAAGGAUAUGCUAAAACAUGACCAAAGCAACAUACACACAGACAACAUAUGCACAUGUACAUUUCAAAAUCUACCCCCUUUUCCAAUGGAUACCUACAAAAACACAAAUAGACUCUCUUUAUAUGAACAAAACAAUGAAACUCUGAAAACUCCAGACAGGAACACACAAACCACACACUCACCACACACCACACACACACACACACACACACACACACACACACACACACACACACACACACACACAUCAUCCUCAUCAUCAUCAUCAUCAUCAAGGCACUCACCCAUCCCUGCAGUUCUUUAGACUGCAGAGAGAACUGAAGUUGGUGCUGAGCUUGUUUAUCUGGCAACUAAGGAGCCAAACCAAAUCUUUCAAAGAACCGAACAUGACAGACACUCUCCCCUUUGCUCCUCGUCUUCGCCCCCUUUAACACGUCCAGGAUGUUUGGACCCCGCACAGGACUGGCACUGGAAGAUGUGAAACGGAUUCGACUUCUGCCGUGUGCGGUGUUGGCCAAAGAUACGUAGAAAACAUAUCAGUGACUCUUUCAUGACGACGGGCCGACGAUGGUGAGCCCGUUGAGUUCUAAAGCACAAAUGGCAUUAUGUACUGUAUCUGCUAUAGUAGUGGUCAGAUCUUUGAUUCUUUUUAUUUUUGUUUUGCUGGUUGUUUGAGUGUCAACAUUUGUUAGUCAGGUGGGACAUUUUUAUUCUUUGUGUGUGUAAAAUGGGCCUAUCAGGGUGUGACUUGGAAAGUAGGCAGCUGCUAAUCGUGCAUAUCCUGUAUUCCUGUGCGUCAUAAGCAGGGGUGUGUAUAUUUUAGGUUUCUAUAAGGUAUGUGUCUAUCGUGGAGAGUGUAAGCCUCUGUGGUGAAUGAUGGAUGCUCAAAGUGUAUGUGCGAGCGUGGGCAUUCCUUUCUGUUUGCAUUAGUGAGGAUGGGUGUGUGUUUGUAGUUGUCCGCAUCUCUAUAUACGGAUGUGUGUGAAUGUGUGUGUGUGUGUGUGUGUGUGUGUGUG